CCGAGAUAAAUCACCGUGCGGAGCGCGAGGUGCACAAUGUGUGAGUGUGACGCUUUCUCUCAGGCACUCGUGCAUCCUAUAGCUGCUAGCACGUGCCUACAAUUGUGCAGAUGUCAGAGCAUCAUGGCAGCUUUUAAAGGUAUUUGGACCAAAGCAUUCUGGCGUGCAGUAUCUGGUGAAUUCUUAGCCACGCUAAUCUUUGUACUUAUCAGUCUUGGCUCAACCAUCAACUGGGCAUCAGACAAGGAUAAUCCGCCACCUGCAGACCUGGUGCUCAUCUCACUCUGUUUCGGGUUGAGCAUCGCUACCAUGGUGCAGUGUUUCGCUCAUAUUACUGGAGGCCACAUAAACCCGGCUGUGACUGCUGCCAUGCUUGUUACCAGAAAGCUGAGUCUUGCCAAGGCCUUGUUUUACGUACUUGCGCAGUGUUUGGGUGCCGUCACCGGGGCAGGGAUUCUCUUCCUGGUUACACCAAGUGCUGUUCAAGGCAGUUUAGGUGUUACAAUGGUGAACUCGAGUAUCUCAGUGGGUCAUGCCUUGGUUGUGGAGCUCUUGAUCACAUUUGAACUCGUCUUCACCGUGUUUGCUACCUGUGACAACAAACGAAAUGACCUUAAUGGAUCGGCUAGCCUCGCCAUCGGUAUUGCCGUAGUCAUCGGCCACCUUUUUGCGAUCCCUUACACUGGAGCCAGCAUGAACCCUGCUCGCUCUUUUGGACCUGCAGUCAUCACAUUCAAAUGGGAAAGCCACUGGGUAUAUUGGGUCGGGCCCAUUUUAGGUGGCAUUCUGGCUGCUGCGAUGUACGAGUACCUGUACUGUCCAGACCCUGAACUGAAGAAAUGCUGCAAAGAGAUGGUCAUCAAAGAUACUUCAGGAAAAUACAAAGAGGUGGAGUGUUCCGUCAGCCAGCAUGGUGGAGAGCCAGAUGAUAUUACAAUUAGCCCUGGUUCUUCAAACGAUACGGAGAAAGUGGAGAAGAAGGAGGCUUUACAGGAUGUCUCUGGCGAUGGGUUGUCGUCUGUAUGACUAUCAAUCAUGCUGGUGAAGGAGACUAAUGUGUAACAUGUCUCCAUCACCAGUAUGUCAAGAUGAUUCUGCACUUUAUCCAACGCUAAUCUGGCUAACAAUGACAUAAAUCAUGCUGACUAACAAUGACUAAAGGCAUGCUGGAACCACUUUUCCUAUAUAUUGUAUGUGCUAAAUAUAUCUUUAUCCACUAAGACCUAAAGCUUGUCCCCAGGAGAACACGUCCUUGCAGCAAAGUGUGUUUCAGUUGACGAGUGGUUUAAUUCAAUGCGACAAAAACUCUUCAAGUGUCUUCUAGGAGUGUAACGCGAUACCACUAUCUGUGUCUUUUUAACACUUCAAAUAUUUCUAAACCCAAAGUGGGUGUUGCUCAAAUAGGAAAGCUUUUAUUCUUAAUUAAAUAUAAACCGUACCACUCUGUCCUGGGAAACUCUGGAUAAAACCUAGAAUGCCAAGCAAUUUCAACAUGUCCUGUAAAUUCUACCAGUUCCCCAACCUCAGCUACAUGAUUUAAAUUCAUAACUGGGGCGUUAGGGACGUUGCUACGGUUGGAAGGGAUGAGAAUGUUUAGCCCUUUGAGACUAUGACUCGUCAUCAGUUGCAUUAUCAUUACCUCACUAACUCUUCCAGUGAAUGAAAGAAUGAAUAAAUGACAACCAUCCAAUGGUUGUAUGCUAUCAACAGUGCCACCUGCUGACCGGAAUAGAUUCUGUUUUGUUCUGUUUAACAGGACAAUAUAUAAGUUUUAAAACUGCAUAUAUAUAUAGCGAAAUGAAUGAAAGUGUAAAAUACGUGUUUCUUUACUGAUUAGUCUUGUACUUUAUUUAUGGUGUCAUUUUUUUCCAGUCUUUAAAAGACCAGGGGUUUUUGACAGUACAUGCUACGCUACUGUAAAUGGCGUUUUUUAUCCCACUCACACAGUUAUUAGAUUUAUUUAUCCAUCCGUGAUCUUUUCUAACAACUUUUCUCGGUUUUGUUUUUUUUUUCAAAAUAAAACACACUCUAGUAGAUAAAUUCUAAGUACUUGAACCCUAUCCAGGCAGUUACUAAGGCUGAACAUAUGAACGCUGUACAUUCAUGUUUAUGAUGUUUGCUUGUUUGUUUGUUUGUUUGUUUAUCCACCAUUACAGCUGUGUCUAGUUGAUAUUAUUUCCCACACUCAUUGUUCGAUCGACUUUAUAAAAUAAGAGUCCAGCCCUCACCCCAACCUUAGUGGAUUAAAGUUU